UGCCACUUAGUCGUUCGCGAAAUUCGGACUACUUUAGAGGUGAUCUCGGGAGAAUGCGUCCAAUUGAUUUUGGGGGUCUCUGGACCCUUCUGCUGCUUAUCGGAAGUCUUCACACUGUGGUUGCCCAGUUGACAAAUGUCUGCCAGAAUCAGGAGGAUGGCACUAGACUUCCGUUGGCCACCCACUGUUCCCGAUUCGUGGUUUGCCAGAAGGGAGAGGUUUCCAUUAUCGGCAGCUGCCCUCGGGGACUCCACUUCAAUCGGGAGCUGAGUGAGUGCGACUUCCAGUGGAGAGCUAAUUGCUUGGGACUCUCCGCCUUUGCCGGAGUGGUUGAUCAGUGUACCUGCGAUUGCUGUGCUGAGGAGUGCCAGGAUCCCAUUGACGAUGUCGAUGAACCUACCACGGCGGUCACCGAGGACUGCGAUCCGGAUACCACCACUUCAGUCACGGAUCCCUCGGAUUCCACGGAGCCGACGGAUGAUACAACGGCUUUCGAUGACCCCAACAACUCAUCCAAUACCACGCCUUCGGGUCCAAGUGUGGUGCCCUCGUAUUGCAAAAGUUCUCGCACGGAUUGUGUAAAUCAGAAAACUGGCACCUAUAUAGAUAUGCCAGGGAUCUGCGUGAGGUUCAUACAAUGCAACAAUGGUUGUGCCGAGGAAUUGCAGUGUCCUUCCGGUCUGUACUUCAACACGGCGAUAGACGAUUGCGAUUACUGGUGGAAUGUGGACUGUACCCCCACCGCCGAUGGCUCCACUGAGAUCGAGGGACCAUCGGGCACCACCUGCUCCAGUCAGGGCGAAUGUGCUGGCAAGAGAGAUGGCUACAUGAUUGCGGACCCCAAUUCGAAUGGAUUCUUCGUCUGCCAAUGCCAGUGCCCCAUUGCGAUGCCCUGUUCCGAGGGUCUGAAGUUCAACGAGACUGCGCAAGUGUGUGAUUGGAUUAAGGACACUAGUUCUGCAGUUGUUUCCUCGGCGGUUCAAUGUUACGGUGACCUCGUCUACAACGCCACCUCGGACCAGUGCGACUAUCCUGAGAACUAUGUGCCCGCGGUGGUCUGCAAUACCACCAGCACCGUGUGCCAAAAUCAGCCGGAAGGAGAACUCUUUCCGGUGGAAGGCAAGUGCAACAUGUUCUACAAGUGUAACUUCAACUGCGCCGUCGAGCAGUAUUGUCCGAACAACUUGGUCUACAACCCAAAUACCGAGGAAUGCGAAUACCCACAGGACUAUGAUUGCCCGUGGGAGUAUACCCCGCCCUCUGGUCCAAAUGCAGGACCUUCGGGAAUCGCCUGCGAGAGUAAUGGCCGUUGCCUGGGACAACGUGAGGGUACCUACUUCAAGUCCACCACAAAUUGUGGCAACUACGUCGUCUGCCAGUGCGAAUGCGAGGUCGAGAUGGAGUGCGCCGAUGGCUUGUACUGGGACGAAAGCUUGCUGACCUGCAAUUAUAAGAAUCUAGUGACCUGCACUCUAUAAGUGACCGAUUGGCAAAUAAAGAAAGUGAUUA